UGCUGCAGACCUGUCCUCUGCAGCUCUCACAGUAUCUCCCCAUCACACCUUGUUAGUCUAAUUUUUUAUUUUCUUUUUGAGAAGUGCUUUCACCCGCAUCUUUCAGUUCAUGUAUUUCAAUAGGUCACUGGCCAGUUGUCACUUUGCUCGCAGCCUCUUAUCUGCGUAGGCUGACAAAAAAAAAAAAAACACCCACCCAUACCUCCAAGAUGCACCUGAAUAGGUGAGGGGGGGGGCAACCGACACACAGGGAGACAUCACCCGGGCUUCCAAAAGAGCGCGUCUUUCUCUCCGGGUGUCCACUCCUUCUCGGCAUAUCACCCUCCGAUGCAAUUAACCCAGAAAGACGACUUUGUCAAGGGGGACCCAACGCCGACCAACGCAGCUCUCCAAUCCGACGGCAGCGCCGGAUCUCCGGCCAAAAUGUGCAGUGAAUGUUACGUGAAUCAGACAUUUGUGCACGAUGAUGGGACCGUGAACGACCACAAGCCACGCUCCUCUCCAGCACCACUCAAGACUAACAGCAACAGCAGCGGGGUUAUCUUAGACAUCUCCACUCUUAAGAUGGAGCAGCUGGAGAGUGAGGAGGUGCCUCCACUGCCGCCCCGCUUCCGCUUCAGAGACCUGCUGCUCGGGGACCAGGGCUUCCAGAAUGAUGACAGGGUGCAGGUGGAGUUUUACGUGAAUGAAAACACCUUCAAGGAGCGUCUGAAGUUGUUCUUCAUCAAAAACCAAAGAUCAAGCCUUCGGAUUCGUGUGUUUAACUUCUCCCUGAAGCUGCUCACCUGUCUGCUGUACAUCAUCCGAGUUGUGACAGACAACCCGGGUCAGGGCACCAGCACCAGCGCCAGCGCCAGUCACAGCGUAGGACAGCAAAACGCUCCCAGCGGCAACAACAAAUGUGUCGACUGCCUGUCAAGCGGCUCAUUUCAGGACAGAGAAAUUAACUGGGAGUUGAUCUUCUGGGUGGAUAGAAAAGUUCCUGUCUGGGCCAUUCAAGUGAUUGUGGCCAUCAUUAGUUUCCUGGAGACUAUGUUACUGAUGUAUCUGAGCUACAAGGGGAAUAUUUGGGAGCAGAUAUUCCAGGUGUCCUUUCUUCUGGAGAUGAUCAACACAGUUCCCUUCAUCAUUACGAUCUUCUGGCCGUCUAUACGAAACAUCUUCAUUCCCGUGUUUCUCAACUGCUGGCUGGCCAAGUGUGCUUUGGAGAACAUGAUUAAUGAUGUCCACAGAGCAAUCCAGAGGACCAACUCAGCCAUGUUCAACCAGGUCCUCAUUCUCAUCUGCACCCUGCUCUGCCUGGUCUUCACUGGCACAUGUGGAAUCCAGCACCUAGAGCGAGCAGGCAAAAACCUCUCCCUCUUCAAUUCCUUCUACUUCUGCAUCGUCACAUUCUCCACUGUGGGCUUUGGAGAUGUCACUCCCCGCAUAUGGCCCUCACAGCUACUGGUGGUCAUCAUGAUCUGUGUGGCUCUGGUUGUGCUGCCUCUGCAGUUUGAGGAGCUGAUGUACCUGUGGAUGGAGAGACAGAAGUCUGGGGGGAAUUACAGUCGACACAGAGCGCAGACAGAGAAACAUGUAGUGCUGUGUGUCAGCUCACUAAAGAUAGAUCUGCUCAUGGAUUUUCUCAAUGAAUUCUACGCCCAUCCCAGACUGCAGGACUAUUACGUGGUGAUCCUGUGCCCGACUGAAAUGGACCUUCAGGUGCGAAGAGUGCUGCAGAUCCCUCUGUGGUCUCAGAGGGUCAUCUAUCUGCAAGGAUCUGUUCUCAAAGACCAGGACCUGCUUAGAGCCAAAAUGGACGACGCAGAGGCUUGUUUCAUUCUAAGCAGUCGUAACGAGGUGGAUCGUAUGGCUGCGGACCAUCAGACCAUCCUGAGAGCCUGGGCGGUAAAGGACUUUGCUCCAAAUUGUCCCCUUUAUGUCCAGAUACUCAAACCGGAAAAUAAGUUCCAUGUGAAGUUUGCAGAUCAUGUUGUGUGUGAGGAGGAGUUCAAGUACGCCAUGUUGGCUCUCAACUGUGUGUGUCCUGCCACCUCCACCUUGGUCACGCUUCUUGUACACACCUCUCGCGGACGAGAAGGACAACAGUCUCCGGAGCAGUGGCAGAGGAUGUACGGGUGUUGCUCCGGCAACGAGGUCUACCACAUCCGAGUGUGUGACAGCAAGUUCUUCGGAGAGUAUAAUGGCAAAAGCUUUACAUACGCCUCCUUUCAUGCUCACAAGAAGUAUGGCGUGUGUCUGAUCGGUAUAAAGAGGGAAGAAAACAAGAGCAUCCUGCUGAACCCUGGCCCGCGCCACAUCAUGGCUGCCUCAGACACCUGCUACUACAUCAACAUCACCAAGGAGGAGAACUCUGCCUUCAUUUUCAACCAGGAGGAGAGGAAGGGCCGACCUGCCGGGGGACUCUAUGACGGACCCUCACAGCUUCCCGUGCACAGCAUCAUUGCUAGCAUGGGCACUGUUGCCAUAGACCUUCAGAAUUCAAGUCCGCCUGACGUCUCAGGUGGUAAACUGGUGCCGCCCACAGUAAACGGAACAGGGGGCCGUCGGCCGAGCAUCGCUCCAGUUCAGGAGAUCGCCGACUCCUCCUCAAUCCUGCCAUGUGACCUCCUCAGUGACCAAUCAGAAGAUGACUCUGUCUUCACAGAUGAGAAAGGCCAUUCAUCCACUGAGUACGUGAAAGGUUAUCCCCCUAACUCUCCGUACAUUGGGAGCUCGCCCACCUUGUGCCAUCUGUUGGCUGAAAAAGCCCCGUUUUGCUGCCUACGACUGGACCAGGGUUGCAGGCACAACAGCUUCGAGGAUGCAAAGGCUUAUGGUUUUAAAAACAAGCUCAUCAUUGUGUCUGCUGAGACUGCAGGGAACGGUCUUUAUAACUUCAUAGUGCCUCUCAGAGCUUAUUACAGACCCAGGAAAGAACUCAACCCUAUUGUCUUGCUGCUGGAUAACCCGCCAGAUAAUCACUUUCUGGAGGCCAUCUGCUGUUUUCCUAUGGUCUACUACAUGGCUGGGACCAUAGACAAUCUGGACAGCCUGCUGCAGUGUGGCAUUAUCUACGCAGAUAAUUUGGUUGUUGUGGAUAAAGAGAGUACAAUGAGUGCAGAGGAGGACUACAUGGCUGAUGCCAAGACUAUUGUAAACGUACAGACGAUGUUCAGGUUGUUUCCCAGUCUCAGCAUCAUCACAGAGCUUACUCAUCCAUCCAACAUGAGAUUCAUGCAGUUCAGAGCAAAGGACUGCUAUUCACUGGCCCUCUCCAAGCUGGAGAAGAAAGAGCGUGAUAAAGGUUCCAACUUGGCCUUCAUGUUUCGCCUACCCUUCGCUGCGGGGAGAGUGUUCAGUAUCAGCAUGCUGGACACCCUGCUGUAUCAGUCUUUUGUGAAGGAUUACAUGAUCCUUAUUGCGAGGCUGCUGCUGGGGCUGGACACCACUCCAGGAUCAGGGUACCUCUGUGCUAUGAAAGUAACAGAGGAAGAUCUGUGGAUUAGUACUUAUGGCAGACUGUUCCAGAAACUCUGCUCCUCCAGUGCCGAAAUUCCUAUCGGGAUCUAUCGGACAGAAUCCCACAUAUUUUCGACUUCUGAGUCGCAGGUGUCAGUCAGUGUUGACGACUGCGAGGACACCAAGGACAAAGAUGGCGAGUCUCGCAGCAAUGACCAAUCAGACCACCCCCUGCUGAGGAAGAAGAGCAUGCAGUGGGCAAGGCGUCUGAGUAAGAAAAGCGUGAGGUGGCAGGGAGUGAACCGGGACUCGAGCAAGGACCACGCUCAGCGUAUCGCUCAGCAGCGCCUCAACCUCUACCGACGCUCUGAGAGGGAAGAGCUAUCUGAGCUGGUCCGCAACCGCAUGAGGCAUCUGGGCCUCCCCACCUCGGGAUAUGAAGACCUCACUAACCUGACAGCCAGCGACGUCAUGAACAGAGUCAAUCUGGGAUAUCUACAAGAUGAGCAGAAUGAUCACCAGAACACCCUGUCCUACGUCCUGAUUAACCCUUCGCCUGACACCAGGCUGGAGCUCAAUGACGUUGUGUACUUGAUUCGUCCGGACCCUCUGGCUCACGUCCCAGAGGAGCCUCCUGUCCACAGAAGCAGCCUGAGAGAGAGACACGAGUCCAGCAUAGACACCAGAGAGGACACCCAGCUCUGAUACCAUGCUGACCUUCACCUACACUUCUUGAUAAUCACCCCCUUCAGCUUUCACGGGGGUCUAGUUGCGUCCACGCAAGUCCAGUCUGAAAGAGGCCAAUUUGUGCUACAAUGUUCCAGCACUGCAGUCUACUACUGUAUUAUAUGAGUGCCUACUGUUUGGCAGGUGACAUUUGACGUCAUCUAUGACAUUUCCAUCCUCCUGCCACAGACAUUUUGUUUGUAAGAAUAGUGCGUUCAUUUUGCUGUAAAAGCUCUCUCAAGAUGAGCAGUCAGGGACAAUUUGGAUCAGGUCCAACACACCUGCAGCUUUGCCCUUGAUUAGACUGAGUUAGAGAGAUUCAUCAAACAAAAGGACUUUGAUCACAGGACGACCAUUAAUGAUUUCCACAGUCAUUGAAACAUCCUGAGUUUCAGAGUGGAUUGUAUAUUUUGUUGUGGCAAAUUGAACAGUGACAUUAGAGAUUUUGGGAUGCAGAGGUUGGCAACUUAGUCUUUUCUUGACUUUUUAACAUUAAUAGAAACCAGAUGAACAUAUUCCAAUCACAUAAAAUCAAACAUAACCUUCAACACUAUGUGACUUAAAAUAUGCGCAUUAAAGCUUUCCUUUAAAGCUUAUUUUUUGUAGCUGAACCAUAGAAGUAGUUAUUCAGUGAUGUAGAGGUCUUAAUUAGUAAGUUAUGUACAAACAGUGAUGGUUAUUUAUAUGUUUUGCUGCAGUACAUUUCUUAGGUUGGAUGAGGUUUUUGCACUAGAGGUUCUUAGUUUAACCCUUUAAACGGGCCGUGCCAUAUAUUCAGUAUUGUGCCAUAAAGGAUUUAUUUAAUUUGUACUAUAUUAGUAAUGAGAAAACCUCGUUUUACUUUCAGCACUUCUCAGUGAAAGAGUUUGCUUAUGAAUUUACUUAAUUUAUGGCUGUUUGGACAAGGUAUGCAUUUCUAAAAUGCUACAUAAACAAGAAAUUUUGACUUCAACCGUAUUUAAA